GGCAGAGGCAGUCCGGGCUGCGGCGCGCCCCGCCGCCGCUCGCCGUGAGGGAGCGCCCCGGCAGCCGCCAGUAAGUAAGCAGUGGAGCUGGAAAACCUGGUAGAAAACUCUUUUGUCUUUCCUGCUUGUAUCUAUGGAACCUGGUUUGCAAGGUUGAUAUUAAGUCUGAAGGAGGAAAGUAGUGGAAGACUUUCACCACAAUUGUGAAAAAUGAGCAGUGUCAACCUGGUGCAGUGAUUGUCUCCAGGACUAGAACCCACUAAAUCUUAAGGUCUGUUUCAAGCAUUCUGAGUGUGGUGCGAUGAGAGAUGCUGUUGUCCAUGAGAGGCUGGGAUUAUUAUGAUCAAGUGCUGUAUUUUGACUUCAUCCAGUGGCUAAAAUAUUUGUGGGGUAGAGAGGAAGUGUUGGACUUUUAAAAGAGUUAAACAGAACAAAGGGACAUCGCCAGCAUCCUUUGCUUUGUGGAUAUCCUUUCACAUCCAGAUUCAAAGAGCAUAAUAUUCCCCUCAGCAUACAAGGCCCGUGACGGAGGGUUAGCCCAGAUCAGUGGAGUCAUGCGUCACACAGCUCUAUCAUGCUGGCAGCCGUUCCUGGGUCUGGCUGUGCUACUUGUCUUCACAAGCCCCACUGCGGGCUGCCCGGCCCGCUGUGAAUGCUCAGCACAGAACAAGUCUGUCAGCUGUCACCGAAGACGUCUGAUGUCCAUUCCAGAAGGCAUUCCCAUUGAGACCAAAAUCUUGGACCUCAGCAAGAACCGACUGAAAAGCGUUAACCCUGAGGAAUUCACAUCAUACCCAUUGCUGGAGGAGAUUGACCUCAGCGACAAUAUUGUCUCCAAUGUUGAGCCUGGAGCUUUUAACAAUCUCUUCAACUUGCGCUCCUUGAGGCUGAAAGGAAACCGUCUGAAGCUGGUCCCCCUUGGGGUGUUCACUGGGUUGUCAAACUUAACAAAGCUUGAUAUAAGUGAAAACAAGAUUGUCAUUCUGCUGGACUACAUGUUUCAAGAUCUGCAUAACCUAAAAUCCCUGGAGGUUGGGGACAAUGAUUUGGUGUAUAUAUCACACAGAGCCUUCAGUGGGCUGCUUAGCCUGGAGCAGCUCACCCUGGAGAGAUGCAACCUCACAGCUGUACCAACAGAAGCUCUUUCUCACCUCCACAACCUCAUCAGUCUGCAUUUGAAACAGCUCAACAUUAAUGCUUUGCCGGCGUACGCCUUUAAGAGACUGUUUCGCCUGAAGGACCUGCAGAUAGAGGCCUGGCCCCUCCUGGACAUGCUACCUGCCAACAGUCUGUACGGUCUCAACCUGACUUCUCUCUCCAUCACAAACACCAACCUAUCCGCAGUACCUUACUCUGCUUUUAAACAUCUGGUCUACCUGACACACCUCAACCUCUCUUACAACCCCAUCAGCACCAUCGAGGCAGGCAUGCUGUCAGAUUUAGUGCGCCUGCAGGAGUUCCACAUGGUGGGGGCACAGCUGCGCACCAUCGAACCACAUGCUUUCCAAGGGCUCCGAUUCUUACGCGUGCUUAACGUGUCCCAAAACCUGUUAGAAACCCUAGAAGAGAAUGUAUUCCAUUCCUCCAAAAGCCUUGAGGUCCUCUGCAUCAACAACAACCCUCUGGCCUGUGACUGCCGUCUCCUCUGGAUUUUGCAGCGGCAGCCCACCUUGCAGUUUGGCGGCGAGCCACCAAUGUGUGCUGGCCCAGACAGUGUCAGAGAGAGAUCAUUCAGAGAAUUUCACAGCACAGCUCUCUCCUUUUACUUCACCUGUAAGAAGCCCAAGAUACAAGAUAAGAAGUUGCAGUACCUGGUAGUGGAGGAAGGACAGACCGUGCAGCUGAUGUGCAAUGCUGAUGGGGACCCGCAGCCUACCAUCUCCUGGGUUACCCCACGCCGGAGGCUGAUCACAACUAAAUCAAAUGGUAGAGCCACUGUGCUGGGAGAUGGCACCCUGGAGAUCCGAUUUGCCCAAGACCAGGACACUGGGAUCUAUGUCUGUAUUGCAAGUAAUGCAGCUGGGAAUGACACCUACUCGGCCUCCCUGACAGUAAAGGGGUUUACUUCAGACCGUUUCCUUUAUGCCAACAGGACCCCUAUGUAUAUGACAGACUCCAACGACACAAGUUCUAAUGGAACUAAUGCAAACAGCUACUCUCUGGACCUUAAGACAAUAUUGGUGUCCACAGCUAUGGGCUGUUUCACAUUCCUUGGAGUGGUUUUAUUUUGUUUCCUUCUUCUUUUUGUGUGGAGCCGAGGGAAAGGCAAACACAAAACCAGCAUUGACCUUGAAUAUGUCCCUCGCAAAAACAAUGGUGCUGUGGUUGAAGGGGAGGUUUCUGGACCACGGAGGUUCAAUAUGAAAAUGAUUUGAUGGUAUUCUGCUAUCAGUGCUUUUUCUGUGGCAUUAAAACCAAUUAAAACAGCCUGGCAUGUGGAAUUGCUAGGCAGAAGCAGCUUAAUGCAGCUGUCAGUGUAUCAAAAGGUUAUAUGAAAAUGGAAAGACUAUUUGUGGUUAUACAACAGAGCCUCCAGACCUUGAGGCAGAUGUGUCAGGGCCUUUCAUAGAACUGGGAAAUUGUACUAACUGUUUGCAUUGCAAAUAUUGGCAUUCUGGGGAUAUCAGCAAUGAACCACUGGCUCAUGCUCAUGGACAAUUGUUCAACAUUUUCUACUGCUACAAAAGGAAAAAGAAAAAAACCUACAGUGUAGGAUUUACAUACUUAAAGAAAAAGACACAUUUGUCUAAACCACACUCUACAGUGAAAUUUGUAUCCAUAUAUCUCAUUUGGUAAAACUUUGCAUCCUCCCUUCUAGUUGGUUCAACACGACAAAAAAAUUGGUAGUUUUUUUUUCUUUUUUUUAAAUCUACAUCUAUACUGUGUACAUUUUGAAGCAAUACAAAUGAGAGGUUGUGCUUUUAGAAAUCCACCAGUACUGACCCAAGUGUGAUGUCACCCAUCUUUUAACUAUCAUCAAACCCAAAUUAGAUUCUUGUAGUUACUAAUUAGAAAUAAUAUGAUAUUUUUCUCCUCAUGUAGAAGGCCAGAGCUGAAUAGUUGAGAGCAAAACCGCUCAACUCUGUCUACUCUGUCUACUCUUCAUAUAAAUAUAAGGCAUGUGCCUAGUUUUGAUACAGAAUGGAAUAUUUUUUAUAUCUGUGAUAUCACACUGGACCAGUUUACUGUAAUACAGCCCUGGUUCUCACACAGGGAAGGCAACCCACUAGUCAAUGCUGGCAUGGAGGAGUUGAGUUCUACCUUGAAGAGAGAGAAUCAGUUUUGUUAGCCCUGAUUUUCAUUUCAAAGCUACUGUUAAAAUAUUAAUGUGUACUGGGCCAAAUAAAGAGCAUAAUACAUUCUGCAGA